AUGUCGGAGUCCGGCGACGCCCAGAAAUACCGAUUAAAAGUCACCGCAGGCUCCGAAUACAACCCAGACAGCCAUCGCAUUGUACCCGUCAACGAAAACCAACCGCUGUGUAUCGACAACGAGCAUGCCACGAUAAGCCUCUGCGUGCGCAUCCAAGACUACACCGGCUAUCCCGACGAUUCGCCCCGAACUAACCCCUACUUCACCCACCCUCUACACACAUCCGACCAAUACUCCAUCUCCUUCGCCAUCGUCUUCAAACACCCCGUCCCCGGCACCGACCUGCUCUUCGGGAAUAACUUCGACCGCCCUAUCCGUGACCGUCUGCCUCCCGGCUUCAAUGCCGCGCUGCGUCUCGUCCGCUGGUCUAUAGAUCCGACGCUUGACGGCGAUGCGUACGCCGAUCAGCCGUACUUGUUCAGCCCGGCGCUGGCGACGUGGAACCAGUUUCGGGUUGGAGAGAAGGUAAAAGGGGGCGUUGAGGUUCCUGUCUUGCAUGAUAAAGAAGGUGGUGUAGUAGAGGAAGGAGCGGAUGGGGAUGGAGUCCAGAUCAGAGAAGAGCUGGGUAUUCCUGGGGAUGUGACUGGGAGGAGGAAGUGGUUUCAGGAUGAGGAGAAGAGGGAAGAGUUUGUCUUUGAGGAAGGAAGGGCUUACUGGGUGGACUUUGGGAAUCCAUAUUUAGGGUUUAAUGAUUUCUCAUUACGUCUCCCCGGUUUCAACAUUCAUAUUCUACAGUAUAUAGACGAGGAUAACCACGAGUUGCGAUAUGUACUGAAGAACAAGACUACGGAUGAAGUCUACUUGGUUGUGCUGUUCACGUUGGUGCUGCAGUGA